GUUGCCGCUGAAAAGCAGCAGUGGAGGCUCAGAGUGGUUAGCAUUGUCUGCAAAAAAGUAGGAUAUGAACAUUGUAAUGUUUCUUCUUGGCUCGAUAUGACUUCCUUUAUUCUUCAUACUUUGUUCUGGAAAUGCAGCUGACGAGGACACUUUCCACAUCAAGGAUGUCAACAUGCAGCAUAUGAAAAUAUCUCAAACAUCUAAUCUGGUAUCGUGGACUGCAUUCAAUCAUCACCAAGACACUUUUCCCUGAGGACUAUAAACAACAUGUUUAUGAACAGAGGGACUAACUGGAGUGGGGAUAACCUAAAACAAUAGAACAUAUUAGUAAUAAGUAUUUUGACUAUGUGAAUGGAGAAGUCAUGUGAGUACUUUCUGCCUACUGUAGUCUAGACCUCUGCAGUUUCUCUGUACUGAAGUAUGUAGAGGGUGAAUCUGAAAAGACUUGUGUCAACAUCAAGUACCUAAGUUUUGCAAGUCUAAAGAAAACAGCCAGAAGCGAGGAGGUGAACAGACUGUGAGGUUUGGUGCUUUGCAAGAUCCAUCCCUGAAGAUGCUGCAGACUGGUAACUUCUCACUGGUGCUGCUAAUCCAGCUGACACUGUUGGCCUAUGACCUCUUCGUCAACUCUUUCAGUGAACUCCUGAGAGGAGCACCGGUCAUCCAACUUGUGCUUUUCAUCAUGCAGGACAUCGCCAUCUUGUUCAACGUGAUCAUCAUUCUGCUGAUGCUGUUCAACACCUACGUGUUCCAGGUGGGCCUGGUGUCCCUGCUGCUGGAGAGGUUCAGGGCGCUGCUAAUCAUCUCUGCUCUUUACCUGACGCUCAGCAUCUGCUUCCACUGCUGGGUGCUGAACCUCCGAUGGUUUCAGUCAAACCAAUUUAUUUGGACUGAUGGCAUUCAGGCUCUUUUUGUGUUCCAGAGAACAGCGGCAGUGUUGUAUUACUACUUCUACAAACGCACAGCAGAGUGUAUGGGUGACCCGAGGCUGUAUGAAGACUCUCUGUGGCUGCGUAACAUCUUCACCAGAGCUCGUCAGUGAAGAAGAGACAGUUUUGAGGAAGACUUUAAGGAAAAUAUUUUUGUAUUAUUUGUACAUCUAUGAAUCACACUAUGUUAACUUGGAAAACCCUGUUUAACUUGCGUAUCUGAAAGUUGAACGGAUACAUUUCUUGGUUAACUGAAGUAAAUGGGGUCGUGUUUAACAACAGCUGUUGACAAACUUACAUGUUUGCUAUUUUGUGAUACUUGUCCACCUGUAAGACGGUUUUUUCAGAAGUUGGUUAAAGCAGCCCCCAUUUAUUUUCCCUUUAGAGGCUUCAGAAAACAGUUGUCUGCAAGAAUUUAAGCUCAUCAUAUUGGGGAUGAGGUAUUCCUUCAAAAGGAUCUGGGAUGGAAGGCCCUUCUGACAUUAUAACACCAAGCAUCAUUAUUAGCUAUUCAGAAUUUUUGACUAUUUUCACAGCAAAGUCUCAAGCUGUUUGUUUAUUUGUGCUUCAUCACCAAAUGAGGAAUUGGUUAAACAGCUUACAGUGUCAGGUAAGCCAACCAUAGUGGUAUUGUAUUAACCAGGAUUGUGUCUGGUAAUCUAUGUGGCCUUUGUAAAUCAAUUAGAGUGGCAGACAGCAUGAGAAGCAUUGAAAGAACAUUAGUAAGAUUUCAGUGUUUGCAAAUGGCAAGUUUGUUUUGUAGUGAAGUAAUUUAUCCAUAAAACAUGUAGUCAUAGUUUUUUUGAAAAUGUAUGUUAUUCCCUCCUCAAAGGAAGAAAAUGGUUGGUUUGUUUGGCCUUAUGUAAGGUUAUUAUGUGCUGUUUACAUGGUUAAUGUCAUUUUAAUAAGCCAAUGUUCAAGUGAACUCUCUUCUCUGGGUGGGAAUCUUUGAACAGCGUUCUCGCUGUUUUUAAAUAAAUAAUCCUUCUCUAA